AUGGGCUUCGAGCCCGUUACAGCAACGGCUUAUCAAAUUGCGCAUCUGGGCGGUUUGGUUCUUGGGCGAACCAUUGUACCUGCAGUCUAUCAUCAAACACGGCCGAUGGCGCCCUCUGAUAAUCAGGGCUCGAUACGAGUUGACUAUCCACUUUCUCCAGGUGCAUAUACGGCCAAACAGUUGGUUGCAGCGGUAUCGCCACUCUUGGAGACUGUUGUUUGUGCUCUUGGUCAAAGCAGCCCUCCAGAAGAUUCUCCUCUUGAGACCCUGCUCGGCGGACUUACAGCAAUCCUCUCUACCUCUGGAAGAGUCUCAUCACUUCCCUUAUCCUACGGGGCAUCCGAUACAUCACGAAGAGAAAUUGCAGGACAGGCUCAAAUCAUUGGAACGGUUUUGGUUCAACAUGCUCGAGAUGCUUUCAGUCUCGAAAAGGCCGAUGCAAAUUUCAGAAUACGAAGCCCUUGUGAAGGUCAUCUAUGGACAUCGGCGGUGGUUUCUCUUCUUAUGGGUUCGAGGAGCAAUCGUUACUUAAUGGAGUUAUACAACGAAUGGCUUCAUCAGAUGAUUCUUCUUCGAGACCUGCUUUUGCCCUUCGAGAAUUAUGACGAAGUGCCCUUGAUAAUCACAACAAAAGCCAAAAAGGGGCUUCGAGGAGCUGAAGAGCCACGAAAGAGGUUCCUCUUGCAAUGUCUCACUGGCGCAACCCCUUACUUGGCAAUUGUCAAUCUUGCCAAAACCUUUACAGCGCCAGAUCUUCUAAGUGGUGGCUACGGAUUCCAAUACUCGCAAGGAUUGGUCCUUCCAGCAUUUCUUUCGGGAUCCCGAUCUUGCUACCUUCUUCGCUAUCAUCCAGCGCGACUUGAAGACACUAGCAGCAACCUGCUUUUCGACUAUGAGCAUCAAAACUACUAUACUGCUCCCCAAAACAAUAUUUCUGAGCCUGAAACAGUUGUAGCUCCUGGAGCUUGGCCUCCACCAUCACUUUUCGCUCUCAAACCACAAAGCACGAAAUGCUCACUCGAGGUCAAUGCUGGUAGCGAUUCCACCAGACGCAUUCUCAAGUUGCAGGUGGAUAUAGACCGCGGCACAUUGGUUUCCGUCGAUAUUGGUCAAAUUUCUCGGGGCCAACGUUACGUUCAUCAUAUCAACUUAUCCACGAGACCAAUUUCGAGUCACGAAGGCCCAAACGGUACUAUAUCCAAUGGUGAAAACAAGACUUCUUCGAAGAAAGACCAAACAGAACGUAGCGUUUUCGAGAGUCGGUUCACCAGAAAAUCACCUGAAUUAUCAGAGAGUCGACCGAAAUCAGCUUCGAAUAUACAUGUCUUCCUCCAUAAAGCGUCUAAUAUUCUUUCGCAGCCUGGGCUUGUCACUUUAUUAUCCCACAAACCUAGCUCUGAUAGUCUGACGAACGACGCAAAUUCGAUCCAUAUCAUCCCAGCAAAAAACCAAGUAAUCGGGUUUGCACUUCUUGGAAAAUUGUACCCGGAGAAUGUAGUGCUCCUAAACGAGAACCAGGCACCUGAGACCGCAAAUAUCGUAGGGAAGAACUUUGGUGCUCGCUUUGUCAUAAUGAAUUUUGAAAAUCAUCGUCCUCCUCUUAGUAAUGAUGAUAUAACUUAAAGGUACAUUGAAAAUCAGAUUAUGUAUAGUCUGAAGAAUAAGUUGUUUGAUGGAUCCGGGUGGUGUG